AUAUGUAUGUAUUUACGCGUAUUAGAUAAUGGACGUGGACGAGUCUAUAGAUCCAAAAGAAUUGAAAGUUACUCUCGAAACGUAUAAGAAAUUGGCUAAUGAUUUUACAAACCACGACACGAUUUUAAAGGAUAAAACAGUUUUGUCAUAUGUAGCAUAUAUCUUAGAAGUACCAGAUGCCGAAAUUGUUAAUUUGGGCUUAGAUAUUUUGGAACUGUUUGUUAAAAAUCUGGACAAUUAUGUACACAUAACCUCUACCUUUGGAGUUCGUGAAGCCUUAGAUGCAGUUAUAAAUAAAUACAAUUUAGAGGAACCAAAGAUAUCUACGCGAGCACUCCUUAAAAAUGAUAUAGAAAGAAUGAAACCACCGAUAUAUAAUUUACACAGUAGAUGCCGUAGGGUCAUAGAACCCAAAAAACUAAAAACACAUGUUAUUGUGUUACAUGUACAAGGUUUAUUACCGGAAACCAGAGCAGAAUUAGAGGCAAUAUUAAUAAGAAUCAAUGGAUUAGUAUCUCUUGUAGUUGAUGUAGAACAUCAACGUGUUACAAUGCGUACUUUAAGUUAUGUCACAGCCAAACAAAUUGCAGAAGCUAUUCAAAAAAAUUCAGAAAAUAUGGAAGCAAGACUAGUGACAAGAAAUAAAUUGAAUCAGGAAUAUCUUGUUAAAUUGAUUCAUACUGGGAACAAUGCUGAUACUGAUGAUAUGCCAGAAUACUUACCUGAAGAGGAUGAACAAGAAGAUGAAAAAGAGGGAGUUGUUUCAUUAUUUACUGGAUUAAGACAAAGUGCUUCAUCAUUGUACAAAUCCACUGCUGAGUUUCUUCAUAAUUCAUUUUACUGGUAAAUUUAUAAGUCAUAGUACAUUAAAUAUAAUUUUCUAUUCUAUUAUUACUAAAUAAUUGAAUAAACAUAGACAGUGUGUGAAAUUGCAAUAUUAUGAAAAAGUACUUUUACAUAAUUUACUUUAAAUUAGUUUAAUCAAUGAUUUAAUGAUAAGAUUAAAUUUCAGUAACAGUCGGUACAUUUAACUUGCAUAUAUUCUCGUUUAUUUUUAAUAUCAAAAUCAUGUGUUACUUUAUCCAAUCAAACAUGCAUUGAAAAAGAUAGAUCUAAUAAUAAUAUUGAAGAUCUGAGUUACUAUUUUAAAUUUCUUGUUAAUUAAAUUGUAUAUACACAAUGUAUUGAAAUUUGUAAUUAAGUAAAAAACAAUGAAAUAUUUAAAAAUUAUAACAUACUAUAAAGUUAGCUGUAAAACUUUUACAUAAUCUACAAUGAAAUUACAAAAGAUAGAAUUAUUACCUUAAAAAAUGUAAAUAAGGUUUUUUCAAACAGAGAUUUUACGUUGUACGUACAUCGAGUUAGUAUUAAUGUUAUAAAAAACAAUUUAUUUCAAACUACACUGAGCGCCUGAUUUUUGAAUUUUUAUCACUAAGUAUAAAUGAGUAUUUCCUACUGUAUGCAUUGUAACUUCUUUUUAUUACUAGUAUGUUUAAAUUCAUGACAACAUGUAUGUUUUAUUGUCGAACAUAGGCUGUGCAAUUAUUUAUUAUAAAUAUUUUAAUAAGUUAAUAUACAUUUACAUAAAGCAAAGUUACAACAUA